AUGUCACUAUCGAGUCUUCCCUCUGUGUCCCUAGGAGAGUCACAAGUGAAAAAUUUGACUCCAGUGAAACUAUUCCCAGGGAAGGAUACCCCUUUCACUUCUCUUGCACAUAACCCGCAGGGGACGUUCUUCAUCACCACAUCUCCUGCCGGAUCCUUGCAACUAUAUGAUGCCCUGCGAGGCCGACAUUCCAAGACAAUUUACUCUAAAAAAUACGGAUGUUCGAAUGGCACUUUUUUACUGAAAGCAUCGCAGCAAAGUACACCGAGUUCGUGUGUUAUUGCAUCAACUAUACCAGCAUCUAAUAAUAAUAAGGCAAACAAUGCGUUACGAUUUUUAGACUUGAACACAAACUCGUUCAUUCGAUACUUUACAGCUCAUACUGCUCAAGUUACUUCUGUUGUUUCAUCCACAUCCACAUAUUAUGGCUUUGAUACAUUUUAUUCUGCAUCGAGGGAUGGUACUAUUCGGGUGUGGGACUCUCGAACAGAAACCCCUAAUUCCACAUUGGCAGGAAUGGGUAGAAAUCCAGUAAUAUCUAUUGAUCCCUCAGGGUCCAUUAUGGCCAUUUGGAAUGGUUCCAAAAGAGUCGUCAAUCUGGUACAGGUGGACUAUUUCCCCAAUGGUCUCAUUUCGAGCAUCCCCGUAGACGUGAAUGGUGAUGUCGAAUGCAUGAAAUGGGCCGGUAAUUUACUUAUAGUGGAUGUCCCCGGCCGUGACAAAAUUGUCAUUGACACACUCCAGCAUUCGGUGGUUAGUCGAUUAGUUGGUGUUACAGAGUUUGUUACAGAUACUGACGAUGUCGUGAGAAGUGGAAGCCUUGACAUUACUCCUGAUUCUAAGUGGUGUUUUGGUGGUAGCGGUGAUGCGUCAAUACUGGCAUGGUCGUUACACGAUCUAAGCCCUAAACAACGUCCGAUAAUCAUAGACUCUUUGGUGGAUAAACAAGCCAUACCCAGAAUAGUUGUCCAUAAUCCUAAAUUGGCGUGUUUAGUUACUGCGGACACAGAAAUAGUGCUCAACCUUUACAGUUGA